AUGGAUGAUUUUUGUCAGUUUGAAGACUGUUCUUCAACUUACAAACUACAAAAUUCUCCCCCUCGUGCUUAUUUAUGUGAUAUGUGUGUAUUAACAUUCCUUAGAGGCACCCACAUCAUUUAUCAUAAGACUGCUUUCCACAAUGAAGAAGAAUACUCACUUGACUUUCUGAGAUUAAAAAAUAUAAAAUCUGGGAUACCACCGCCAAAACCAAAAAAUCAGUAUAGAGGCAUUACUCAAGAGCGCAAGACAGCUAUCAUACAAAAACUGACACCCUUAAUACCAGACAACAGAAAAUCGUUUUGGUAUAAUCUACCUACUGAUAAAAAUAGUGUUGAUCUGACUCAAGUUGAUGAAGACUAA